CCGGAAUUCCCAUCACUGCAGCGCUCUGCUACCCCGGAAGCACAUCUAUUCACGUGUAGCAUUUUUCAACCUUGAAAAACAACAUAGUGGAGUUGUUAGCAUUUUAUCUGUCUGAUUAUAUUGCUACAGUGAUGUCAGUAACAAAAAUGGUCUACCCUCUCUACCAGUUGGGAAACCCCCAGCUGAGGAUCUUCAGACCCAACUGGCUUCUGACUCUGGUGAGGCCGGGAAAGGAGCAACCUCCUGAUGCUGUCCAGUUUCGUAUCCCAAUGGACAUGACCAAGUAUGAUGUGAAGAACUACUUGGAGAAGAUCUAUAACGUCCCAGUUGGAGUAAUUCGCACCAGGAUACAAUUUGGGUCCAACAAAAAGAGGAAUCACCUCAACCAGAAGGUUAAGAAGCCAGAUUAUAAAGUGGCCUAUGUUCAGCUGGCACAAGGCCAGACAUUCACCUUCCCCGACAUCUUCCCAGAAAAGGACCGGACGCCGAAGGAGGGCUCCAUGGAAGAAAUGCAGGAGAAGUUCAUGGAGGACGAGAAGCAGAGGCAGAAACUCGACCCCAGGAGAGGAGGGGUCACCGAGUGGUUUGGACUCUGAACCAGGGGGCCCUUGGAGCAACAUGUAUUGAUUUGAAAUGCAACCUCUGUGAUGUCACUUUUAUUUCACUGCUGAAACAUGAGCGUGUAGCGAAAAAGAGCAAGUGUGUGUGUGUGUGUU